AUGACUGAAAAUGAAGCACGAAACAGCACAUUACAGAGAGAAUUCCACCUCUUGGCAUUUUUGAGUCAUGAAAAACUACAGAUCCUGAUCUUCCUUUUGGUGUUACUGAUGUACAUUCUAACUGUAUGUGCAAACCUUAUCAUUACUGCACUUGUAUGUUUGGUGCCCCGCCUGCACACUCCUAUGUACUUUUUCCUCUGCAACUUGUCUGUCCAAGACAUUGUCUAUGUCACUGCCAUCUUGCCAAAGUUUCUGGCCAUCACUAUAACAGGAGACAACAGAAUUUCUUUCCUGGGCUGUAUGACGCAAAUGUUUCUUUAUGGAACAUGUGUUUCAGUGGAAUUCCUCCUCCUGACCUCCAUGGCUUAUGAUCGCUAUGUAGCCAUCUGUAUCCCCAUGCGCUACUCUCUCAUCAUGAAGACAAGUGUUUGUGUUCUUUUUGCCUUUAUUUCUUGGUUCAUUGGUGUCACAGUUUCAUUCAUGUAUUGUUGGUUAAUUUCUAAUUUACUCAUUUGUGAUCAUCAAGAAAUCAAUCAUUUCUUUUGUGAGUUGAAAGCUACACUGGAACUCUCUUGUACUGGCUUUGAAAACAUUCAAAAUGUAAUGAUUGUUACAUGUGUAGUUAUUGGAGUUCUACCCUUUUGUUUAAUUCUGAUCUCCUAUGGAAACAUUAUUUCUUCUGCCUUAAAGAUCCGAACUUCAGCAGGAAAACUCAAGACCUUCUCCAGCUGCUGCUCCCAUCUCACAGUUGUGCUUCUGUUCUGUGGGACGUGUAUAAGUCUGUACAUGAAGCCAGAUUCUGGGAAUCCCCAAGAAAUGGAUAAGCUGCUGUCUCUGCUGUAUGUGGCUGUCACUCCCCUGUUAAACCCAUUAGUGUAUAGCUUGAGGAACAAGGAUAUUAUUAAUGCCAUUAAAAAUAUCAGAAAUCUAUAUUGCUGUUGCAAAUACCCACUUUAG